AUGUCGUCAAAUGACAAUCUCCCUUUUUCGAUCUCCCUAGCAAUCUUUUUUCUUAUUCUUAACUACUCUUUCCUUGUGCUCCGACCUCACAUCAAAUUCCCGACCGUCGACACGUCCAGUCGGACCACACAUCAAAUUCCCGACUGUCGACACGUGCAACCCAACCGUCGACACGUCCAGUCCGACCACACAUCAAAUUCCCAACCGUCGACACGUGCCGCCCGACCGUCGACAUGUCCAGUCGGACCACACAUCAAAUUCCUGGGUGUCGACACGUGCAGCCCAACCGUCGACACAUCCAGUCCGACCACACAUCAACUUCCCGGCGUCGACACGUCCAGCCCGACCGUCGACACGUCUAGUCCGACCACACAUCAAAUUCCCGAACGUCGACACUCCGACCGCACAUCAAAAUCCCGACCGUCGACGCGUCCAGCCCGACCGUCGACAGUGCUGUCAGACCACACAUCAAAUUCACGACCGUCGACACGUCUAGUCCGACCACAUCAAAUUCCCGACCGUCGACGCGUCCAGCCCGACCGUCGACAGUGCAGUCAGACCACACAUCAAAUUCCGACCGUCGACACGUCUAGUCCGACCACAUCAAAUUCCCGACCGUCGACGCGUCCAGCCCGACCGUCGACGCGUCCAGCCCGACCGUCGACAGUCCAGUCAGACCACACAUCAAAUUCCCGACCGUCGACACGUCCAGCCCGACCGUUGACACGUCCAGUCCGACCACACAUCAACUUCCCGGCGUCGACGCGUCCAGCCCGACCGUCGACACGUCUAGUCCGACUACACAUCAAAUUCCCGACCGUCGACACGUCUAGUCCGACCACACAUCAAAUUCCCGACCGUCAACGCGUCCAGCCCGACCGUCGACAGUCCAGUCAGACAACACAUCAACUUCCCGGUAUUGACACGUCCAGCCCGACCGUCGACACGUCCAGUCUGUCCACACAUCAAAUUCCCAACCGUCGACACGUGCAGCCCGACCGUCGACAGUCCAGUCCGACCAUACAUCAACUUCCCGGUAUUGACACGUCCAGCCCGACCGUCGACACGUCCAGUCUGUCCACACAUCAAAUUCCCAACCGUCGACACGUGCCAAAUUGUUGUUUUUAUUAUUAUUAUUAUUAUUAUUAUUAUCUUUUUUCUUCAUCAUCUUCUUCUUCUCCUCCUCCUCUCCUCCUUCACCUCCUACUCCUACUCCUUCUUCUUCUUCUUCUUCUUCUUCUUCUUCUUCUUCUUCUUCUUCUCCACCUUCUCAUUCUUGUUCUCCUCCUCUUUCUUUUUCUUUUCUUCUUCCUCUUCUUCUUUUUCUUCUUCUCUCCUCCUCCACCUCUUCCUUCUUCUUCUUCUUCUUCCUCUUCUUCUUCUUGUCCUCCCUCGCCUCCUCCUUCUUCUCUUUCUUCUUCUUUUCUUUUCUUCUUCUUCCCCCUCUUCCUCCCCCUCCUUCUUCUUCUUCUUCUUCUUGUUCUCCGCCUCCUCAUCCUCCUCCUCCUGCUGCUCCUUCUCUUUCUUCUUCUUCUUUUUUCUUUUCAUCUUCUUCUCCCCUCCUCCUCCUCCUUCUUCUUCUUUUUCUUCUUCUUCUCCAUCUCCGCCUCCGCCUCCUCCUCCUCCUUUUUCUUCUUCACCUCCGCCUUCUCCUCCUCUUUCUUCUCUUUCUUCUUCUUUUUCUUUUCUUCUUCUUCUUCUGCCCUCCUCCUCCUUCUUUUUCUUCCUCUUCUUCUUCUUCUUCUUCUUCUUCUUCUUCUUCUUCUUCUUCUUCACCUUCUCAUUCUUGUUCUCCGCCUCCUCAUCCUCCUCCUCCUGCUGCUCCUUGUCUUUCUUCUUAUUAUUUUUUCUUUUCAUCUUCUUCUUCCCCUCCUCCUCCUUCUUCUUCUUUCUUCUUCUUCAUUUUCUCUCCUCCUCCUUCUCCUCCUCCCUCUUCUUCUUCUUCUUUUUCAUGCUCUCCGACAAAAGGCUUCAUCAUGUGUUAAUCCUUCUCACUCCACACUGCUCACCCUUUCUACAAAGACAGCACUUUUCGAUCCAGAGAUUGAAUUCCAAUUAUUUAACUUAUUCUUUUUCAUUUUUAUAAUCUUAUUUUUCUUUCUUUCUUUCUUUCUUUCUUUCUUUCUUUCUUUCUUUCUUUCUUUCGUUCUUUCUUUCUUUCUUUUUUCUUUCUUUCAUUCGUUCAUUCUUUCUUUCUUUUAUCUUUCUUUCAUUCGUUCUUUCUUUCUUUCUUUCUUUCUUUCUUUCUUUCUUUCUCCAUCUCUCGUUUCAGUCACUAAAGAAAUCAAGUCAGUAAAAACAUCGUCGACAACGCCGUUGUCUCCAAUUUCCCUUCACAGAAAUAACGACGCGAACUGGAGUCUACAACGGAAAACACGACGCAGUGUCGUCUGGUCUUUCAUAGCCGCCGGCGCCAUUUUAACUCAUUCACACUUUAUUGCCCAAGGGGACAUAACUCCAUGA